UGGAGCCAUAAUCUAUCCAUUAAAAAUUUCAAAGUCCAGUAUCACUUUCAGAGAAGCAACGAGCCGCCGCGGACGUCGUAAUCACCGGCGGCAAGUGAAUCGAAGAAUGUGAGAGCCUCCGUAAUGCAGGGAAAAGAGUCGGAAGCUAUUUUUAUGGAGCAAUAGCAUUUCGCGUGCUUCUUCGUCGCCUUCUUCUGCCUCUUUGUCGCAGAUGAAAAACACGUCGAUUUUCGUCUCGUUGCAUCCAAGGUACUGUUUUUCCUUGGUGGUUAAAUACUUUGAUCAGAGGCAGUUUAAAUCCUGAUCACGCAGAAUUGAAGGCAUAUAUAUAUAUAUAUAUAGACAUAUUCCGUAGGUCCAUUUUCCCAAGCUGAAAAAUCUCAAGAGUGUAUUGGAAUUGGAAUUAUGGAGACAGGCCAAAACAAACUGCAAGUCUCUGUUUCAGAUUUCCAUUCACAAAAUGAUACGAUUUCCGACUCAUCGUUGCCUCGCUCCAUUAAUAAGAGUGGGGAAUUCAUCUCCGUCUCGCCGCUGGCGAUUUCCCCAGGAAAGUCACCGGCGCGGCGGUCAUCUGACUCUGAUCUCAUCACUAUAAUUCCCAGCAGCGUUCCUGCAGAGGAACACGAAAAGCUUCCGUCGCCGGGAAAAAUACUUCCCCUGGUCGUGGUGAAACAGGAUGCAUGUAUCGAGCCUGCGGAGGAUAUUGAGAAACUGGCAGUAGCGGAGGAACCUAAAGCGGUGGUGGCUAAGACUGAUACAGACGGAGAAGUGGUGAAGUGUAGUGGUGGCGAAUACGGACGGCAGAGCUUUAUUCCGCGGCUUUCCAUGUUGCAGCGAACUGAAAAUGACAAGAUGGUGAAGAAAGCUGCAUUGGGGUUCAGGAUUUUUGGGUUCUUGUUUUGCUUGGUCUCGUUUUCUGUGAUGACAACUAACAUCAAUCAAGGCUGGGCUCUUGAUUCAUUUUAUCGCUACAAAGAAUUCCGGUACUGUAUGUCGGUCAGUGCCAUAGGAAUUCUUUACUCAGCAGCUCAGGCCGUAGAUUUGUCCUACAAUUUGGCCACCGGAAAGCACAUUGUGCAUUGCCAUCAACAAUUCCGGCAUUACUUUGAUUUUGCAGCUGAUCAGAUGAUUUCUUAUCUUCUGAUAUCAGCCUCUUCGUCGGCUGCAAUUAGGGUAGACGAUUGGCAGUCCAACUGGGGAAAGGACAAGUUUCCGGCUGUGGCUACUGCUUCCAUAUCAGGGUCUUUCUUAGGAUUUCUUGCCCUGGCCAUUAGUUCUCUGAUCUCUGGCUACAUGCUCUGCACAUCCACAUCCAAAUCGUCGUAGUCAUCACAUCCAUAUGAUGACACAUUUCUCCCCCACAUCUCCAGUUGCAUGAUGGCCUGCUAAAGUCUGGAAUUUGUGUUCAUUUUAGGGGAUGAAAAGUGAGCUGUGGACUGAAUGUUUUAACAAGUUCAGACAUAUAUUCAACAGACAUUGUGUCUAAGCAACUUUUUAAUAUGGGUUCAGUGUUAUACUCCACAAUUUCUAACAAAUUUCAGUAAAACUAAAUAACAUUUUGUGAAUUACAUGAAUGUUUAAUUGUUUCAAAAUAAAAGGUGCCUCCUAUUACUUUUA